AAGCAUAUGGCUUUGCUAUUAAAAGAUGACUUGUAAAAUGGUGGCCAUUUGCAAUGGUGCAGCAAGCCUCCACUGCUCCGCAUUGUUCUGCCUCGCGGUCACAUGACGGCGCUGUCCAAUCCCGCGCCGUAUCUGGUUCAACUUAUUAGAGGUCCGUAGUUCACAGUGAAGUCAAGGAGUUACUUGAUUUCUGCGGAUUCCGUCUUUGUGUGCGUUUUACGGUGGGUGUGUACACGUCCGGUCGCGGUGGAUUUUAGAUGUUUUUGUAAUGUCGACGUUAGGGACACUGAGUUACUACGCCGAUACGCACAUUACGCACGAGACUGAUGAUCAUUUGGCAUCAAGAUACUCCUCGGGAGCUGCGCUACACCAGACGAGAGAGCUCGCGCUUCCCGAGUAUGGCGACCAGGACCCGUGCCCCUUUCAGACCAAAUCCGCUCUUUUCGGGGCACCGUGGAGUCCCGUGCCUGAUGCCGCCAUCCGCGCCUCCUCCAGCGCGUAUCACCCGUACGCGCAUCAACCGUGCCCGGCCGGGGAGAGCGACGCGAUGGCUCUGCGCGCCUGGACUCUCGAGCCGCCGGUAUCCGCGCCGUUGACAUACUCUGGAUUAGCCACGAAUGUGCAUCACGAGAUUAAACCGGAGCCUCUGUCGGGAGGCAACGGCUGCAUCACUCUCGUGCCCCCGACGCUAGUCGCCGACAUCGACGAGGACAGUUGUGUCCCAGAGAAGGAGACCGCGCGCACCGAGCCCGGGUUUCCUCGUAGCACCGGGGAGAAAAGUGCGAGCGCAAACAAAAAGAACUCAAACAUCGACCCAAAAAACCCCGCGUCCAACUGGCUGCACGCGAGUUCCACCCGGAAGAAGCGCUGCCCGUACUCCAAGUACCAGACGCUCGAGCUGGAGAAGGAGUUCCUCUUUAACAUGUACCUCUCCCGUGACCGCCGGUACGAGGUGGCGCGGCUCCUCAACCUCACCGAGAGGCAGGUGAAAAUCUGGUUCCAAAACCGCAGAAUGAAGAUGAAGAAAUGUAAUAAGGAACGGCCCAAACUCAACUAGGCGCGAAGCCUGUGGACAGUGAAAGAGCAGUCUGAAGCUCGUGGACAGUGAAAGAGCAGUCUGAGACUGUGGACAGUUUAGCUUUUACCUCAAGGUUGAGUUCUCGCGCACCGUGGGAUGGAAGGCGGUGUAGGUGAAGGUCCUAGGCCGGGCUGACGUGUCCUGGGGCACGAGGGGGGUUGUUUAGUGCAUAUCACUGUGUUGGUGGUAUCGAGGCACUUUCUGUGGGUAUCCGUUACGUGAUCUCUGGUAGCUGCUGUUUUUAUAGUGUUUAAUGUUUGUCUCUCUUAGCGUUCGAUCAGCCAAUGACUCCGUUGAUGAUUUGAGUUCUUGUGUGCGGGGAGAGUAGUUUGUGAGGCGUCAUGGCCGAUAUUUAAUGCUGUUGACUGCAUGUUUGUUUCUCCUCCUGUCGUUCCGGUCCAUUUCUGAAUGUUUCUGUAGUUUCGUGAUUUGGUGUUAUGUGUUGACUACCUAUGUUUUCUAACUACCUAAAAUGUUGAAGACUGUCUUUACAUGUUUUUGUAUUGAAGCAGAACUUAAAUUCUGUGAGAUUUUUUAAAGCGUAUAGCACUGGACAGAUAGAAAGUACCUCAAUGAAUUAAUGUUAUUUGACUCAAAGGAAAAGGUCGGCUAAGGAAAAAAAAAAACGAAAUAAAAAUGAUGACUGUA